GCGGAUCGGUGAACCACCGUCCGUCGGCCCAUGCACCCAACGAGUUGCAUGGAUAGCAUCUCUCAGCAUGCCGAUCCCUCGCCCCCUCCCACGGGAGGGGAUGAGCCUCUUUCUCUCUCUCUCUCUGAUCCGAUCCGGAUUCUCCCCCCCCCAGCGGUAGCUCGCGCGUGCCUAGGGGACCCCUGGGCCCGAGCUGAGGUUGACCAUUGCCCCUCACGUAGGGGCAGCCCCGGGUUGUCCUCCGCCCUCAAGGGGAGGAGGCAACCCCAUGCUUGCCAGCGCUGGCCUCGCGGGAAUGCCAUCGAGCGUCUCGCCGAGCGCAUAGCCAGGGCUCGCGAAUCGCGCCGCGCGCCGUGUUUCUUCCUCCACCUACGGGGCAUAUGCGUAUGCCCGGGGAAACACCACCCUCCUCCCUGCCUCAGCCUCAGAGUCGCGCCCUGAUUGAUCAGGGAGGUGGGUCCUCCUUUCUUUUUGAUUGGAGGCUCGCGCGCGCGCGCGCGCAUCUUCCUCCCGAGCCCCAUCGGUUACAUCCUCCCCCGGGUGGCCGGUGUGUGUGCUCUCUUCUGUCUGCAGACGAGGAUGGAUUCGCCAUGAAGCAUGGGCAUCGUUCACACCUCCAAGCAGUCCCCCCUUCCUGCGCACGUCAGAUGGGGGGCUGCUUUCCACCCUGGCGAGAGACUCUCUGGGGCCACGCGCCCCACCCCCUCUUGCGUCGUGUGCACACUCUUCAUUUCGUGCCCCUCCACCUACGGGUGGUCAGUGAGGUAUCAAUCCUCCGUGGCCAGUUGCUUCACGAGCGAGGGCGGGUCCCUCUCGAGGCAUCUCCCCGUGUCCCCCCUCAUCGCGGCCGGGUGAGUCUUCUCCUCUCUCUGCCCUCUUAGAGGCCACGGCCCAGGAGGCGCGCCCCCUUCCCCAAUCACCCGGGGCCUGCUCAUGCUUGUCAUGGCGGGGGCAUGCGGCCGCGGUGUCCCCCCCCGCGCGCGCGCACGCAUUCGGAGUGCAUUUGGCUGCCUUUCUCCGGCAAGGCCCUGGCCGUCUCGGCUUCCACCCACCCCCCGGGCCACGCACUGCCGAGGCAUGUGCUGUUGUUCCCUCGCGCCCUCUUCAUUGGGGUUCGCCGAUGUGUGUAUGUCCAUCAUCUUCCUUUCUCCUGCGGGAGAAAUGCAGCGCGGCUGCGCGAUGCCCAUUAUUUUGGGUUGUGAUGCGACGCAUCCUUCCGGGCAUCCGGAUGGAUGGCUCCACUCGAGCGUGUGGAAGUCCAGAGAGCGCAUAUCCGCGGGCGAGGCCCUCCCACCUGUGCCCCUACGCGGGGCGAGGGGGGCCGGCCAUGCCUCUUGCUUUCUCCUCCAGAGUAGUAAGGGAAUGUACACGCGGCUUCCUCGCGGGGCAUCCUUCUACGUGGGGCGCCCCUCUGCAUCUCACGGCGAGAGCGAGGCGGCAAGAACAUGCGGCGGCCAGAUGGCGCGCGCCGCGCCGGGGGGGCGUUUGAUUUGCGUCCCCCCCCGGCGAAAGAGAGGCCUUCAUGUGUCCGUCCCCCACCCCCCUCGAGGUGUGGUGGGCGUGAGCCUGGCGCUCUUUCCCGCGAUUCACAUGGUGGAUCGCCGUUGUGCUUUAACCGUACUCUCCCGGGCUUGACUCGCCGCGGGAAAAGCACAACCCCUGUAGCGCUCUCUCGGCUCCGAGUGAGUACGCGCACCCCCUGUGCGGGGAUUUUUUUGGCUGGUCGGUCACCAAAUGGCCCCGCACUCCCCUUUUCUCUCCCUCUUUUCUCUCUUAAAAAUUGAAAAUGCUCCACAUCCGCGCGCGGGAGAGGGGGCCCUUUCAUCGGGCCGAGGUCGUGCAUGUCUCUCUGCCUGUGCCUCUGCGGCUGUCCGCGCGGGGCGCGCCCUUUCCUUGCUUUUUUUCACCCCCCCGCUUGUCGCUUGCAUGUGUGUGUGUACAUGCGCCCGUGUGUCUCAGUGCCUUCCGUCCCCCUUCGUGCGCCCUUUUUUUGAGCACACCACCCUGGCGUGGCCGGCCCCGUCAUGUGUCGUCCGUGUGUUUCCAGACAAUAGGCACCGAGGAUGGGAUGGGGGGCCGAGGGGACUCAUCGGGGGAGGGGCCGGAGCCGGACCGCCCGUUUCCUUCUUUUCCAGAGGAGGGAGGGGCACGCGGCACUGUGCUGCCACCGCCGCCGCCGCCGCCACAUGCGUCCUUGUGUACGAAUACAAAAGCGUCAUGUUGUAGUGUCC